UACCGGCUCGUUGUUAUAGUGAUAAAGUGAGGCCUUGCCGCCUUGCGUCUCCUGGAAAUAAGGGGAAGAGGAAAAAAAAAAACAAACCUCAAAACAACAAAACCCUUUAGUCCCUCCAGGGAAGGAAGAAAGAAGAAGGGGGGUGGGGGAGUAUGUGACAAAGAAAACAUUUUCCGCCUGAAAGGAGAACAACAGAAGGGGUAGAGCUGACGGGAGCAUUCACUGGCCAUGCCAGUGCUCACCACUGAUGCUGAGUCAGAAACAGGUAUCCCAAAAUCCCUUUCUAAUGAGCUUCCCUCAGAAACCAUGGAGGAAAUAGAACACACAUGUCCUCAGCCUCGAUUGACCCUGACCGCACCUGCCCCAUUUGCAGAUGAAACCAGCUGCCAGUGCCAAGCCCCCCAUGAAAAACUGACCAUUGCUCAGGCCCGCUUGGGAACACCAGUUGACAGACCCGUUAGAGUGUAUGCUGAUGGAAUAUUCGACCUCUUCCACUCUGGCCACGCUAGAGCACUUAUGCAGGCUAAAACGUUGUUUCCCAACAGUUACUUGCUGGUAGGAGUUUGCAGUGAUGACCUCACUCACAAAUUCAAAGGCUUCACAGUAAUGAAUGAAACAGAAAGAUACGAGGCUCUCAGGCACUGUCGUUAUGUAGAUGAAGUCAUCAGAGAUGCUCCAUGGACACUCACACCAGAGUUCCUAGAAAAACACAAGAUUGAUUUUGUGGCCCAUGAUGACAUUCCAUAUUCCUCUGCUGGUUCUGAUGAUGUUUACAAGCACAUAAAGGAAGCAGGAAUGUUUGUCCCAACUCAGAGAACAGAAGGCAUCUCGACAUCAGACAUCAUCACCAGAAUUGUCCGUGACUAUGAUGUUUAUGCCCGACGUAACCUCCAAAGAGGGUACACAGCCAAAGAGCUGAAUGUUAGUUUUAUAAAUGAGAAGAAGUACCGUUUCCAGAACCAAGUAGAUAAAAUGAAGGAAAAAGUCAAGAAUGUAGAAGAAAAAUCAAAGGAGUUUGUUUAUAAGGUGGAAGAAAAGAGCCAUGAUUUAAUUCAGAAGUGGGAAGAGAAAUCUCGAGAGUUUAUUGGCAACUUUCUAGAACUCUUUGGACCAGAUGGAGCUUGGAAACAGAUGUUCCAAGAACGUAGUGGACGGAUGCUACAGGCAUUAUCGCCAAGGCAGAGCCCAACAAGCAGCCCAACAAGGGGGCGGUCUCCUUCCCGUUCCCCCUCUCCCACUUUCCCAUGGCUCCCAAACAAAACCUCUCCCCCUUCCUCCCCUAAAGCAGCCUCAGCCUCCAUCAGCAGCAUGAGUGAGGGGGAUGAGGAUGAGAAGUAAAGCAAUGAUUGUUGGCAAACUGGCUACAAGAACCACAGGGAAGGAUGACUGGACCUUGCACACAGAGGGAUAGGGAGGGGGGGGGGUCAAGAAGGACUGACAGCAAGUGUCUGAAGUGAGCAUCUUUCAGGUGGAAGGAUCAAGAUGAGACCUGGAACUCUAAUGGGAGGAAUCUCAGUAAUAGCUCUGUUCCCUCAUGUUUCUACAUCAUCCUCAGGCACACGCUCAGCAUGGAGUUGGCCAGUCGCAACUCAGAACUGACCGUAAUGUAUGGACAGUCAUCAGCGCUAUUUUAAUCACUAUCGUGGGAGGCAGAGAGAACCAGGAAGAAUUUGCACUGAAUAGAGCUAUUUUCUGCUUCUGUUUUUUUUCUGCUGACCCAAACUUAAUGAACAGCCUACUGAGAAGAACAGUGUUUCCCCUCACCCACCACUUUAGGCUGUGUUUGGAUUUCCUUGGGUGCCCUAGUAGACCCAAGGCUCACUAGAAUAAGGAAAUGUCCCACCAUUGUCGCAAGAACCUUCAGAGGUGUUCAAGAAAUAGGAAAAAGAAAAAGGCUAAGUGGUCGAGCUCAACUGUCCACUAUCUUCAAUGGGACCUGACCUUGUAGAAGUGUCAACUCUCCAGUUGUGAAUAUGGCCCAUUGGAGGGGCCUCACUCUUCAAGCCAAACAACAAGGGUCAUAUAGCAUGAAGCAUCUUUCUUUCUCACCCCCCGCACCAGAAAUCACAGUUUUAUUAAGUGAUAUUUCCAAUAGGACCUAAACCCUCCUGUUGUGGGGUUUUUUCUUUUCACGUAUUUGGUAUGGAAUACUUUCUCAGAAGUUACUUUCAAUAUGGGUCUUCUGGUUUGGAAAAUACAAAGGGGAAGUUAAACUAUUAAGCAAAAGAAGUGACUUUGAUCUGACUAUAUCUGAGUUUCUUGGAUACUGAAAAUCUCUUGGAGCAGCUCCUUAAAGAAAGUCAUUAGUUCAUCUGCAAUGCCUUUUUUGGAGUGAGGCUGCUUUCCUCCCCAUCUGACUGAUCAGGCAUCCUGAUAGACCUCAAGAGAAAUUGUGCUUUCUUUGGGCACAGUGCACAAAUCAGGGCAUGGGGACUUUGUAUGACCUAUUCUAUGUAUGCACCAUGUACACCAUCUAGGUGUAUCCCAUAUGCAAUAUGAAUAUCGAGGUAUGUGCAUUUUAUAAGCUGUUCCUCCCCUGCUUUCUACCCUACCCAUUAGACCCAGCUUGAAUCCUUGGGAUAAAGUACAACUUGGUUCCCUCCUGAUUCCGGUUCUUCAGUGGCAAAACUAGAAGGUCCUUUGCUAUUUCGAGUCCUUCAAAGAAAUGAGAUCAACUGCUUUAAGAUAUCUGAGCAGAAGGAACAAAGGAAGUGUUUUUUCCAUGACUCCUUUUUUGGGACCUCAGUUGUGAUCUUAACCUUUUAGAUAAUUCAGGUGCUGGUGUAGUUAUAUUCCUAUGCUGGGGGUGUUGAAAUAGAAGGCAUUUUUUGCACUUCUGUUCUUUUCUCUUCUUGGUGGUGGCCAUUUGUGGAGGUAUGUCCUCUGAAACAAUUCUCUUGUGUUCUUUCUCCCAUAUAGCACUGACAUUAAGGAAGCUAUUGCUUCCUAAAAACUGAUGAUUGGGAAAACAUUUAGAAUUUCCAGCCCUUGGGUAGAAAUGGGCUUGCCCUGCUGGCUGCCUCUAGAAAACCAGAGCCUAAGUUGGCACAUAGAGCAAUGGUCUACACCAGCAGUUUCGCAGAGGAAGUCCAGGGCCUCUUGUGAUGUAGCUUCCACCACAGCUCUUGAGUGUCAACCUUCAACACAUUGGGGAGAUCCCGCCCUUGAAAGAAAGAUGGCAUGAUGCACUCCCUGCUACAAUGGGGUUAAGCUACCUCUCCGCUCACCUGAAGAGAAGUGAGAUUAGAAAACAAAAUGAGAAGGCCUCUGAGUGGAAUAGUUAAACCCACAAAGGCCCACCUACUUGGCCUAGUUCAUUCCUACCAUGUUCUCAUUGCUGUGCUGGGUGGGUGGGCACCGCAUACUCAGCCCUCAUGUCGAGCCAACGGAAUGGGCUUAGUGUGAAAUCUCCACUUGUAGACGAGGGUGAAGAUCAUAGUGCCACUGGCAAGGAAAAAAAAAAUCACAGGGGCCAAGGACUCCCAGGUGCUCCUUCUCCAUCAUGUUACUUAGGGGCCUUGCAGCCAUCCCUGCCUGCUGUUUCAGCUUGGGUAAAGCUUCAGCCAAGCAAACGGUUAAGGAGGAGAGUCAGCUGAAAAAGCUGGAGUGAUAGUAGCAAGAAAGGAAAAGGGAAGUGGGAAGAGAAAGGAAAAUGAGGAAAGGGAAACAGAGAAGAAAAACUGGGCAUGGGAAGGAGCUUAGGCCACCUAAAGCCUCACUUCUCUUGGCUCCAAGGUCUAUGGGGUGGCUACAUUUUCCUGACCAGCUGCCUUACAAAGAGUUUUUUUUCCUAUUUUAGCACUAAAUUUUUGGUUUUAGUCACUAAAACGUUUUAAUAACUAACCUGACCCUGGGAGGGCUUCAAGGUAGAUCAGCUUAUUUCUCGGUUCUGUUUUGAAGCAAAUGGUGUUAUGACCACAUGGAUAUCCUAAGAGACAGGGGCCAUAAGAAUGUUUUGGCAAGUCUGGUGCCAAGCUUGGUUUGCCACUUGUGGAGAGCAGCAGCUCCACGGCAGAUCCAGGGGAGAACUAAAACAGAACCUAAUGGUGGGGUCCGGGGUAGGGGAGAGAAACACUGGAUUUGGAGUCAGAGAGUCUGCCGUAGAAUCUCAGUCCCAUAACUCCCUGAGUGACCUUCUGUGUAUCACUUACCCCCUCUGGGCCUCAGUUUCCUUAUUGACAAAAUGAGCGUAUGAUUUUAAUAUCCUUUCGAUCUUAAAACGAUGACGAUCCGAUGAUGACCCACAUACUGCCUUCUUUAUUCCAGCACCACUGUGGGUGAAGGGGCACAAGUUCAGGGAGGAGGAUUCUACUCAUCUCGUCUUUUGACCUUGGCUUAGCUAUCUUCCAACUAACUUGAGCUCUCAGGGGUUGUCUGCAUGGGGGCACUGUUUUUUGCAUCGGUGUUUCCUUAGAGUGCCUGAUCUUAUCCUGUCUUAGGCAGAGAGGGCAAGGAAGAGCAAAGAAUGGGUGGCAUGGAAGAAAAUGAGGAAAUAAAAUAGGAAACAGGUUGGAAGAACUAAAAGAGAAAUAGGAGUCUAGAAAAAUCAAGGAGAAGGAAGAAAUGAAGUGCUUCUUGGCCAGGAAAUGAGUGGAUUCAGACUGAGGGAGGCAGAAGAAGGGGGAGCAUUAUGGAAUACACGGGGCUGUGGUGCAGAAGGGAUAGACACAGAGUAAUGGAGAGGAGAUGGGGAUGGGGAAGGGAAGUAGACAAAAAGCUAAAAGGUUCAUUAUGUAUGGGACAAUAAACAUGGAGGACUUGCUUUUGGAAAAAAAAUAAAGCAGGCAAGAAUAUGGUGAGGUUUUUAAUGUUGACUCUGUGUGUGUGUGUGUGUGUGUGUGUGUGUGUGUGUGUGUGUGUGUGUGUUUCAGUCAACUGAAUUCUGGAUUUUCCUAGUCUAAGAAUGGUUAGCUUAUUUGCUAUUUGGAAAAAGCUCCAUGAACUUUAGAGGGAAUCAUUAACGCCAGGUCUUGGCACAUAUCCUUUGCAGUCUUACAAAGCAAGCAUUUGCUUUUCCACCAUCAUCCUUUUACUUAGCUUUUCAUAGUUACAAUAGUGAACCCCUUCCUUGUCAGCUGGGGAGCCAAUGGGAGGGCAGCCUAGCUUGCCUCCUUAACACAGGAAAUAUCAGAAAGACUUAUGGGUCAGAGGCAAGCUAAUUUCUUUCUUUAGUGAAAAGAAUAUGAAAGUUGUGCUUGUUUGGUUGAUGACUACUCUCUGUAAAACACAGGCACAGUAGUUAUUAUUCAAUCUUUCUCUAUGCCUUAGGUGAAUAGUUACUGUAACUCCAUCCUUAGGGGGAGGGAUGGGACAAGCACCUGGACAACUUCCUCUACAUUUCUAAGACUAUUUUCAGCUGAAUUUCAUGAGCCCAGAUAUAAACAGCUGGGGACGGCCAUAUUUCUUUAGCAUCAGUUCAAUAUUGGUUUUGGUUUGAGGAACAAUGACAUUGGGUCCUUUAAAGAAAAAAAAAAUGUGUCAUUUGCUACUCAUGCCAUUCUCUAGACUUGAGCUUCUCAUCAAGUCACUGUGAUCUAUCCAAGGACAAAGCCAUAGGGAGUACAUCCAUAGACACGCAGAUGCACCCCCAUGUGCACACACAUCUAUAUACAUAGACACACAUAUUUAAAUGAAAACAUGUCAUACUUGAGAUCUUGUCUGGGUUAAUGUAAUACUAAAGCCUGAGCAUCUGUCCUGGUGCUGUACACCCUACAUCACUGGAAUUGCAUUCCCUCUGUACUCCUGCUCCCUAAUGGAACACAAAAUCUCCAGAUAAUUUAUAAACAAAUGAAUGCAGAAUUGCACAUUUGGGGCUGUCGUUUUUCUUAAAAGUGUGCUUCUGUGUGUUCAGGUUUAGAGGCCCCAGCUCAAAAUGAUAAAAUAAAUGAGUCAAAACAGCUGGUACAGCUUACUGUCUUUAUUCCUCGAUGUCACCAAGGAAUUACACUCUUUUCUUCAAAGGGAAUUGGUUAUACUCUCACCAGAGGCAGAAAGGCUCACUGAAAGGCUCCUGCAGGAGGAAGAGCUGGUGAUAUCCAGGCUGGUCAAGUAUAAUUUCAACUGGAGGAGAUGUAGUGUAGAUUACCUAAUUUCCUCCUAGCUAUGAUAUUUUAAAAUUCUAUUUUAUUCUUAUUUUAAGUUCUAAAUUCUCUUCCCCACCUAUUGAGUAGGCAAGAAAUAUAAUAGCAAUUAUACAUAUCAAAUCAUUCACAAUAUAUUUCUGCAUUAUCCAUGUUCUGAAAAAAUAAAAAGAGAAAGAUAUAACCUAUGUUUAAACCUGCAAUCUAAGUCCCUAAUUUCUCUGGCGGUGGAUAAUAUGUUUCAUCAUGAAUCCUUUGGAAUUAUAGUGGGUUGUCAUGCUAAGUCUUUUACACUUGCUUAUCUUUACAAUAUUGUUACUUUAUCCAUUGUUCUCCUGGUUCUGCUCACUUCACUUUGAAUCAGUUCAUGUAAAUCUUCCCAGACUUUUCUGAAACCCUCCAGUAUUUUUUACAAUGCAAUAGUAUUCAUAUACAUUCAUAUACUACAACUUGUUUGGCCAUUCCCCAAUUGAUGGGUAUCCUCUCAGUUUCUAAUUUUUUGCCACCUCAAAAUGAGCUGCUACAAACAUAUCUGUAUAUAUGGGUCCUGCUGUGAUUUCUCUGAGGCUUGGAGGGUCAUCUUAGCAAGACUCUUGAGAGAAAAUACUUGUAAAUUUCCAAACUUAAAGUCAGAAUGAUGAUUCAGUGAGGCCCUGUACUUUGUAAAGCCCCUCCAAGUGCUGAAGUAUUCUUCCUCCUAUAUCACAGUUUACAUAGUUCAUCUUCUACAAUGUAGAAUUCCAGAGGCCUCCAGGUUGUAAGUUACACAGGAUCAGUUGAACAAACUAGGUAUAUUUGACCCAGAAAAGGAAAAAAAAAAACAUGCCCAGUUCCUUCAACUAACCCUUAUAUGACAUGGAUUCAAGGCCCCUGAUUGUCCUAAUCCCUCUAUUAUAGAUGCAUUCAAGCUUAUCAAUGUAAUAACUACACUGUGGUUCACAUUGCUAAACAUUGUACUUUGGAUAUGUUCUGAGGACAGUAUCAUCACCACAUUUUAUCUUUAUUAUUCCUAGAAGGUAUGCUUCUCUUAAUACAGCCCUGUCCCCACAAAGCAUUAGGUGUUUUUUGUUUUGUUUUUGCUGCCAUAUAACAUCGCUGACUCACUGAGCUUAGCCCCUACUAAAGCCAGAUCUUUUUCAGCCAAACUGCUGUCUAAACAUGUCUUCCCUUGUGCUAUAAUUGUGAAGUUAAUAUUUUGAACCCAAGUAUAAAGCUUUACAUUGAUCUCUAUUAAAUUCCAUAUUAUUAGUCUAUCUAAUACUCUAGCCCAUCAACAUAUUUUUGUAUCCAGACUGUCAUCCAUUGUAUUGGCUAUUCCUUCCAGCUUUGUGUCAUCCACAAAUUUGAUUAAACAAGUCAUUGAUACAAAUAUUAAGCAUCACAGGACCAAGCACAAAUCCCUGGGGCAUUCCACUGAGGAACCCCUGCCACACUGGGCAUCAAUCCAUUAAUGACUAUAUUUUGAGUCCAGCAAUUCAACUAAUUUCUAAUCCAUCUAAUUAUAUUAUCACACAGUCCACAUAUCUCCAUCUUCUUCUAAAGGAUAGCAUGAGACGCAUCUCUAAAUUUAAGUGUACUGUAUCUGUGAUAUUCCCCUGGUUUAGUAACCCAGUCAAAGAAAGAAAUAUGGUAUCCAACAUGAGUAUGGCAUAAAGGUUGGAAUCAUGGCUUCCUUUUCCACUUUUCAUCUUUUUAAUCAUCUCUUGUAGAAUUUUAACAGGAAUCAAAGUCAAGCUAACUGGUCAAUAGUUUACAAACAUUAUUCUCUUCCCUUUUUUGAAAAUAAAAACAUUUGCCCUUUUCCAACCCUGGAGUACCCCUCCUAUUCUACCCAGUUUUUAAAAUAUUGUCUAGAAAUCACAUCCAGGAUGGGUUUUUCCUUCAGAACUUGAGGAUGUAGUUAAUUUGGGCCAGGUUUAUCAAGGGCAACUAGCUGUGCUAUUACUUCCCCUUAUUUUGGUUAUCAAUCCUCCCUUAGCUUUUUUUUUUUUUUGGGUUCUGUUAUCAGUGCAAAGUUUAUUCUCUGUGACAAAGGAAAUAGAAGCAAAAUAAAAAUUAAAUAGCUUUGCCUCUUUUUCAUGGUCAGUUAUCAUCAUCUGAUUAAUCCCAAAGAACAGUCUUAUCCCUUUUUGAUCCUUCUAACUGCCCUGAUUAAAAAAAAAAUCCAUUACUUUUCCCCCCUUAGAUUUCCUCACCAGACUGAGCUCAUUCUGAGAUUAGCAUUUCUAAUUAUUUCUACAUAACACUACAGUAUUCAUAUAUACAGUGGGCCAAAAGUCACAAUGUUUAAAUAACUUUUUGAAAAUUAUUUUUAUUUA